CCGUGACCCACAUCGGGAAUGGUGCCUUUGUGGGUUGCAGCUCUUUGAGAUGGAGGAUCUCAAAUAGCUCCACCAUGCCUGACCCAAUAUCCUGCAGCGUUAAAGAUGCCUGUAUAUAUCCCAGUUGGUUUGCGCCUUUGGACGGAGGAGAGGCUCUCAGGCGCCACACGUGGUGUCCCCGCCCGCGUCGGCGGCGGCGGCGCGCCUGUGGCAGGGUUGCUCAGCGAAGCGACUGUCUCGUUUGUCUCGGCUGUUUAUGAGGUGGUUGGUUUUCUUGGCUGACGUGAAUAGGUCUAAGAUCAGUUUGAUCUAAAGUGUAUAUUCAUGUGACCAGUUUUCGGUUUGUUGAACCAUUUUUGGGAGCAAAGCUUUUGUUCUCCAAAUGUUUCAACAACCGAAACAUAUUGGGAUUUAGUCCGGAAAUUCUAGAACAUGAGACCGAGGUGCCCAAGCAAAGUCAAUCAGGGUCACUUGGACCAAUUCAUGUUUGCUCACUUGUUUCAGCACUAGCUGUGAUGCUCAAAUACUGAUAGAUUGAACUACGUCAAGGUCUUUGAGCCAUGGUGAAGAGAAUUUCAGUACGGCAGCCGAGUGGUGAAAUACUGGUUCUUGAAGUCACGCCUGAGACAACAGGCAAGGAGCUCAAGCAAAAGAUCAAGGAGAGAAAGCGUUGGGACGAGCUCACUCGCAGCACUACAAGUGUAGAGAUCAUUGUCGGAAACAACCGCUUGCUUGCGAACAAAGUAAAGGUAUUGGACGCUGGAAUUUCUGAAGAUACUGUUGUGAGUGUUGUCUUCAAACCAAACAAAGUGAUAUGCUCCAACAAAUAUGCAAUCACCAGUCUUGGUGGCAUUGUCCACCCAGAAUUGUUGCUUGUGGUCGAAUUUCCAGAUGAUGAGGCACAGAUUUGUGACAGAGCCUUCAAAAAUUGCCACACGCUGGCCAAAGUGAUCAUUCCGGACUCAGUGACGCAGAUCCAGUAUGCUGCCUUUGCUGGUUGCAGCUCUUUGGUGGACUUGACCGUCCCAAAUUCUGUGACCCGCAUUGGGGACAAGGCCUUUUAUGAUUGCAGCUCUUUGGCCAACUUUACCAUCCCAAAUUCCGUGACGCACAUUGCGGAGGAAGCCUUUGCUCGUUGCAGCUCUUUGGUGAACUUGACCAUCCCAAAUUCUGUGACGCACAUUGGGAAGAAUGCCUUUUGUGGUUGCAGCUCUUUGGCAAACUUGACGAUCCCGAACUCUGUGACGCACAUCGGGGAUGGUGCCUUUUGUGGUUGCAGCUCUUUGGCCAACUUGACCAUCCCAAACUCUGUGACCCACAUCGGGGGAGGUGCCUUUGAGGAUUGCACGUCUUUGGCCAACUUGACCAUCCCAGACUCGGUGACCCACAUUGGGAAUCUUGCUUUUGGGAACUGCAGAGUGGCCAAGCGCAGAAGACACUGCUGAAGACACCGUUCAACGGUUUGGAGGAUGGAAUGUAUUCAUUGCCCAGGUUUUGUUGUUGCCAGAAGGGGUGCCAUUGGUUGCCCCAAGACCUGGCCAAGCACAAUGCAAUCUGCUCGAGUUUGGCUCCGCCAAAGGCGGUACUCGACUUCAUCCUCAUUGCCCCCCUUGUUGACUAAAUCAAAAGCAAAAGACUUCAUGCACAUCGAUCAAAAGACAAAGGCAAAUGCUUAACCUGAUUCAUCCCGAACUGGGUGAAUUGCUUGGAACUAUGGAACGAGGUCUGUGUUCACCGAGCGCUCUGUGAGCUUGUACAUGUCAAGGCUAUUCAGGCUAUUCAGAUUUGAGGUCACUUAAGCCUCCUGUUUGGGUCACAAAAAGGAACCUUCAAAAGGUCACGAACGGAAGAAGCUGGUUGAGAUCGCUUUUGAGAAAAUCAUUUCUACUGCGCCCAAGCGAGACUUCUCAAUGAUUUGGUGUGUCUUGUUCUCUUUUCCAUCCGACCAUCCACUGAUGUUCUUUUCGUGUCCUCUUCGGGAUCACGAAAGAUCAGGACGAAGUGGUCAGGGAUCUCCCUAGAGAGGUUGAAGAGCCCCAAGGUC